UUUUGUGAAAAAAACCCAAGUAAAAAGGGCCUCAAAACCAGGAAGAGAUGGCAGCCACGAAUAUCCGAGAGUGAGGGGAAAGGGUGUGAAAAAUGGAGGAUGGAGAGAGAGGAACGUGUUUCAAAUCUGUCGAUUCCGAAACAGAAAGCCCCCCAAAAGACUGGAAAACACAAGAACAAGAACAAGAGACAGAAAAGGAAGAAAAAGAGAGAGAAAUAGGCAGAACCCAUGUUUUGUUUUUCGGUUUAGGAAGCUGGGUCAUCAAGCUUUUCUUGACUGAAGAAGAAGAGCGAGAAACACGAAGAACCCAUUUUCCGUUUCUUGGUUUUGGGAACUGGGUCAUUUUGCUUUCCUGGAUUAAGAAAGAGAGAGAGAAAGAAGAAGAGAGAGAAACAGGAAGAACCCACGUUCUGUUUUUCUGGUUUGGGAACUGGGUCAUUUCGCUUUCAUUGAUUGGGAGGACAUAUUGGUGAAAUCCUGCCUCUUGGGGGUCGGUAUGGAUUAAUUUGUUUAGAUGGGUUGAGUUUAAAAGAUGCCAAUUUGGGUUCACAUUCUUCAAUGUAGGUUUUUCUUCGCCUCUGGAUAUGGAAAUUCUGGUGAUAAAUUCAUUGUCUGCUGAAUUCAAGCUCCUCUGAGAACUAGAAAUGGCUGUUCCAGUAAGCAUUGUUGUUGGUUCCCAUGUAUGGGUUGAAGAUCCAGCAUUAGCUUGGGCUGAUGGAAAAGUAACCCAAAUAAAUGGAGGAGAUAUCGAGAUUCAAACCUCUAAUGGGAAAAUGGUUGUCGCAAAUUUGGCAAAAGUAUACCCAAAGGAUAUGGAAGCUCCUCCAGGUGGAGUGGAUGACAUGACAAAGCUGUCCUAUCUCCAUGAGCCUGGAGUUUUGAAAAACUUGUCUACUAGAUAUGAACUCAAUGAAAUAUAUACGUACACUGGAAGUAUUUUGAUUGCAAUAAAUCCAUUUCAAAGACUUCCCCACUUGUAUGAAGCUCACAUGAUGGAGCAAUAUAAAGGGGCACCAUUUGGAGAGCUAAGUCCUCACGUUUUUGCUGUUGCCGAUGUCGCAUACAGGGCUAUGAUAAAUGAAGGAAAAAGUAACUCAAUUUUGGUCAGUGGAGAAAGUGGUGCUGGUAAAACUGAAACCACAAAGAUGCUUAUGCGAUAUCUUGCUUAUAUGGGUGGUCGAACGGGGACUGAAGGAAGGACAGUUGAACAGCAAGUUCUAGAAUCCAAUCCAGUUCUUGAAGCAUUUGGCAAUGCAAAAACCGUUAGAAAUAACAACUCCAGUCGCUUUGGUAAAUUUGUGGAGAUCCAAUUUGACAAGAGUGGGCGGAUAUCUGGGGCAGCUAUCAGAACGUAUCUUCUUGAGAGAUCUCGUGUUUGCCAAAUUUCAGAUCCUGAACGAAACUACCAUUGCUUUUACCUCCUUUGUGCAGCACCACCAGAGGACACUGAAAAGUAUAAGUUGGGAAACCCUAAAUCAUUCCAUUAUCUGAACCAAUCUAACUGCUAUGACCUGGCUGGUGUGAGUGAUGCCCAUGAAUAUCUGGCCACCAGGAGAGCCAUGGAUAUUGUUGGAAUUAGCCAGCAAGAACAGGAUGCGAUUUUCAGAGUUAUUGCAGCCAUUCUUCACCUUGGCAAUAUUGAUUUUGCCAAGGGUGAGGAAAUAGAUUCAUCUGUUCUUAAAGAUGACAAAUCUAGGUUUCAUCUCAAAAUGACAGCUGAAUUGCUCAUGUGUGACGCUCAGGCUUUGGAGGAUGCAUUGUGCAAGCGCGUGAUGAUAACUCCUGAGGAAGUUAUUACACGAACUCUUGAUCCUCUUGGUGCAACUGUUAGCAGAGAUGGUCUAGCCAAGACUAUAUAUUCUCGCUUAUUUGAUUGGCUGGUCGACAAAAUUAAUGUCUCAAUUGGGCAAGAUCAAAACUCAAAAUCUCUGAUUGGGGUUCUUGAUAUAUAUGGUUUUGAGAGCUUUAAGACCAAUAGUUUUGAGCAAUUCUGCAUUAACUUCACAAAUGAGAAACUUCAGCAACACUUCAAUCAGCAUGUGUUUAAGAUGGAGCAGGAAGAGUACACGAAAGAAGAAAUCGACUGGAGUUACAUAGAAUUUGUUGAUAAUCAGGAUGUGCUAGACCUAAUCGAGAAGAAACCUGGAGGUAUUAUUGCUCUCCUCGAUGAAGCUUGUAUGUUUCCGAAGUCAACACAUGAAACAUUUUCUCAGAAGCUCUACCAGACGUUCAAACCUCACAAACGCUUCAUUAAGCCAAAACUUUCUCGUACAGAUUUCACCAUUGCUCAUUAUGCAGGAGAGGUUUUGUAUCAAUCUGACCUGUUUUUGGACAAAAACAAAGAUUAUGUGGUGGCAGAGCAUCAAGAUUUGUUGAGUGCUUCCAAAUGCCCCUUCGUGGCUGGCCUGUUCCUUCCACUUCCUGAGGAGACAUCCAAAUCAUCUAAAUUCUCAUCGAUUGGUUCUCGUUUUAAGCUACAACUGCAAUCCCUAAUGGAGAUUCUAAAUUCAACAGAGCCUCAUUACAUUAGAUGUGUGAAGCCAAACAAUCUUCUUAAACCCUCUAUAUUCGAAAAUGUGAACAUCCUUCAACAAUUGCGAUGUGGGGGUGUUCUUGAGGCAAUUAGAAUUAGUUGUGCUGGCUACCCAACUAGGAGGACAUUUUACGAAUUUCUGCACCGCUUUGGCCUUCUUGCCCCUGAUGUCCUGGAUGGGAACUAUGAUGAGAAGACUGCAUGCAAGAAGAUUAUAGAAAAGAAGGGGUUGAAAGGGUUCCAGAUUGGGAAAACAAAGGUCUUCCUAAGAGCAGGCCAGAUGGCUGAGUUAGAUGCCCGUAGAGCUGAGGUACUCAAUAAUGCAGCUAAAACUAUUCAGCGCCAGAUUCAAACACAUAUUGCUCGGAAGCAAUUCAUUGCUUUGCGGAAGGCUUCCAUCCAUGUGCAAUCACUGUGGCGAGGGAUUUUGGCCUGCAAAUUAUACGAACACAUGAGAAGGGAAGCAGCUGCGGUGAAAAUUCAAAAGAACUUGCGUAGAUAUGUGGUGAAGAAGACUUACAUAAGAUUACGAUUAUUGGCAAUUGUUCUGCAGAGAGGAUUAAGGGGGAUGGCUGCUCGCAAUGAAUUUAGGUUUAGGAAACAAACUAGGGCAUCAAUCAUUAUCCAGGCAAAAUGGCGCUGCUACAGAGCUCAUAGAUAUUAUAAGGAGUUAAAGCAGUCAGCAAUUGUUUCUCAGUGUGGUUGGAGGAGAAGGAUUGCAAGGAGAGAACUUAGAACACUUAAAAUGGCUGCAAGAGAAACAGGUGCACUCAAAGAAGCUAAGGAUAAGCUCGAAAAAAGGGUGGAAGAACUCACAUGGCGCUUGCAGUUAGAAAAGCGAUUAAGGACAGAUUUGGAGGAAGCAAAAGCACAAGAAAUUGCAAAAUUGCAAGCUUCUUUGCAGGGUUUGCAAACUAAAGUAGAUGAAACAAAUGCAUUGCUUGUCAAGGAAAGAGAGGCUGCUAGAAAAGCUAUAGAGGAAGCCCCUCCUGUUAUUAAAGAAACCCCAGUUAUUGUUCAGGAUACAAAGAAGAUCGAGUCUUUAACUGCUGAGGUGGAUAAAUUGAAGGCCCUGUUGGAAUCAGAAAAGCAAAGGGCAGAUAAUGCCGAAAAGAAGUACGCUGAAACACUUGAAACAAGCAACAACAGGCAGAAAAGAUUAGAAGAGUCAGAAGGAAAAGUAGAUCACCUUCAGGAGUCUCUGCAUAGGCUUGAGGAGAAGCUGUCAAAUUUGGAAUCAGAGAAUCAGGUCCUUCGUCAGCAGGCCUUAUCCAUUGCACCAAAUAAUAAAUUUUUGACCGGGCGUUCUAAAUCAACCAUUCAGAGGAGUCCAGAGAAUGGUCAUGUCUUAACUAUAGAUCCAAAGGCCGCGAUGGCAGAUUCCAAUAGUGCUCUCUCCACCUCACGGGACCUACUGGAGAUAGAAGAUAAGCCACAGAAGUCUCUUAAUGAAAAGCAGCAGGAGAAUCAGGACUUGUUGAUAAAGUGUAUAUCACAAGACCUGGGAUUCACUGGAACCCGACCAAUUGCUGCAUGUGUUAUCUACAAAUGCCUUCUUCAGUGGCGAUCAUUUGAGGUUGAGAGGACAAGUGUAUUUGACCGUAUUAUUCAGACUAUAGGCCAUGCUAUUGAGACCCAAGAGAAUAAUGAUGUCUUAGCGUAUUGGCUCUCUAAUGCUUCAACUCUUUUGUUGCUCCUGCAACGCACGCUAAAAGCUAGUGGAGCAGCGGGUAUGGCUCCACAGCGCCGACGGUCUUCAUCAGCUACUCUUUUUGGAAGGAUGACCCAAAGCUUUAGAGCUUCACCUCAAGGGUCAGGCUUUUCGCUUGUAAAUGGUGAGGUGAUUGGUGGAGUGGAUACCUUACGCCAAGUCGAAGCCAAAUACCCAGCUUUGUUGUUUAAGCAGCAACUUACAGCUUAUGUAGAGAAAAUAUAUGGAAUGAUCCGUGACAAUUUGAAGAAAGAGAUCUCUCCCUUGCUGGGAUUAUGUAUCCAGGCUCCAAGAACAUCACGAGCAAGCCUGGUGAAGGGAUCUUCUCGUUCUCAUGCAAAUGCUGCUGCUCAGCAAGCUCUAAUUGCUCAUUGGCAAGGCAUUGUCAAAAGCCUUGGCAAUUUCUUGAACACAUUAAAAGAAAAUCAUGUUCCUCCAUUUUUGGUGAGAAAGGUGUUCACACAAAUCUUCUCUUUCAUCAACGUGCAGCUAUUUAACAGCCUUCUCUUGCGUCGAGAGUGUUGUUCAUUUAGCAAUGGUGAAUAUGUCAAGGCUGGCUUAGCUGAACUUGAACACUGGUGUUAUAAAGCAACAGAUGAGUAUGCAGGUUCAGCAUGGGAUGAGCUCAAGCAUAUCAGACAAGCAAUUGGGUUUCUGGUCAUACAUCAAAAGCCAAAGAAAUCUCUGGAUGAAAUCAGUCAUGAUCUUUGCCCUGUGCUUAGUAUUCAGCAAUUGUAUCGGAUCAGUACAAUGUACUGGGAUGAUAAGUAUGGCACACACAGUGUUUCCUCAGAUGUUAUUUCUAACAUGAGGGUCUUGAUGACUGAAGACUCCAACAAUGCUGUCAGCAAUUCUUUCUUGCUUGACGAUGACUCUAGCAUACCAUUCUCAGUGGAUGAUAUAUCAAAGUCCAUGGAGCAGAUUGACAUAUCUGAUGUCGAUCCUCCACCGUUGAUCCGCGAGAACUCGAGCUUUGCUUUCUUAUUACCUCGUGCCGAUUGAGCUCAUCAUUUUAAUUCCUAACAUGUAUAUCCUCUCCCUCACACACUCUCUCUCUCUCCCCCCACCUCAAUGUAUGCAAUUAUUAUUUUUGGCCUUCCAUUGAGGCGCUUUUUUACUUCCCUUGGGAGGGAUAUUCAUUCAUUUAAUGAUCCUUUGUUCAAGUAAAAGCUGACGUUUCUAAGGAAAUUCUUCAAUUGUAAGAGUGGUUGUCUUGUUCAUAAUGGCAUGCCCAAGUUAAAGAGGCUUGGGGUAUUCUUUGCGGA